AACAAGAAGCCUCCGCGUAAACAUAGAAAAAUAUCGUCUUUUAUCGAAUAAACAUACAACACAUGGACGUGGGGGGUAUCUCCUUUCUCUAUAUAGCAGCAGCCACUUCCCCAUUUCAGUUUCUGUGAAAUCACUUUGGCCAGUCCUUAAUAUCCUCUUUCCCCAGUAUAUGCCCCUUGUCCUUUCUUCUUUUCCUGUGUAAUUUCUAUUGAAUAAUAAAAAAUAUGGGUGCGAUGACUUGCAUAGACAUUCUUUUGGCUAUCAUCUUGCCUCCCCUUGGUGUCUUUCUCAAAUUUGGCUGCAAGUGUGAAUUCUGGAUCUGUUGUUUGCUGACUCUCUUUGGAUGGCUGCCUGGUAUUAUCUAUGCUAUUUGGGUCCUUACCAAGAACGACUGAUCACCUUUCCCCACAUGGUAAAGAUGUGGAACUUCCAUUUCUGCUAAUGUUGCUGGUUCCUAUGAAUCAAGAUGUGUUACUUUUAAAGUUGUAAUUUUUUUUUUUUUGGGUUAAGUUUUCGUGAAUCUUGCGUGCUUCAGUACAGAAUUCUGGACAGGCUGUUUCAUUUAUUAGUGUUUGUAUUCAUUACAUUGGUUGUAUGUUUGAAUUUUUAAUGUGAUUUAAAGUUUGUGAUAUUGUAUAUCAAGAGUUAUUAGUACUUUGAUGCUAUAUAUUAAAGGGCUGGUGAUGUUGUAAUAGUCAGAAGGCGAAUUGUUGAAUCACGUUUUGCACUA